AUGGAAAGAAACAAUGAAACUAUCACCACAGAUUUCAUUCUCCUGGGGCUCUGGCCUGAGUUCAGUCACCUUGUUAUCCUCAUCUGCAUCAUUCUUCUGGUCUACUUUGUGGCUGUCUUGGGCAAUGUUUUUCUCAUUCUCCUCAUCUGGCUGGAUUCCAGACUUCACUCCCCCAUGUAUUUCCUGCUCAGUCAGCUUUCCCUCAUUGACUUGGCUUUGAUCUCAACUUCUGUCCCCAAAAUGGUCACAAACUUCUUCUCAGGAAAAAGAACUAUAUCACAGGUUGGUUGUGGAGCCCAGAUCUUCUUCAGCUUAACUCUGGGUAUUGCUGAGUGUCUCCUGCUGACCCUUAUGUCCUAUGACCGCUACAUCGCUAUCUGUAACCCACUGAGGUAUUCAGUCAUCAUGAGCCACACCAUCUGUAUACAGAUGGUCAUUGGGUCCUGGGGAGGAGGGUCAGUAACUUCCCUGGUUCACACAGCUUAUGCCAUGCACUUCCCCAUUUGUCAUCCCCGAGAAAUCCCACACUUUUUGUGUGAAGUCAUGGCUCUUCUAAAGCUUACUUGUGAGGACAUUUCAGUUUAUGUGAAGUCAGUUGUUGUCUCAAGCUUUCUGGUCGUUCUUAUUCCUCUAAGUCUCAUUCUGGUCUCUUAUACCCUCAUUUUCCUUGCCAUCCUCGGCAUGAAUUCCCCUGAGGGCAGGAACAAGGCUCUGGCCACCUGUUCCUCCCACCUUUGUGUGGUUAGUCUUUACUUUGGGCCUGCUAUUUUGGUCUACAUGAGACCUGGCUCCUUUAACACCCCCAAAUUGAAUGAGUCUCUCUUUAUGUUUAAUGCUAUCCUUACUCCUAUGCUUAACCCUCUCAUAUAUAGCCUGAGAAACAAAGUUGUCAUAGCAGCAGUGAAAAAUAUAGUCAUUAGUAAAUGGCCCCUGAGAAAGAUAAAAAGUCACCUGGGUUACUGUAUGUGA